AUGAGCGACGACUGGGAUAUCGGCGAUCUCAAUCUGCUUGAAUGGUCGCAAGACCUCAACCGAGCCCUCCUCGGGCUUCCAUUUCGCCUGCUACGCUCUAUUGAUCAAGAAUCAGCCUGUUUUCUCUACAAGUUGGUCUUCUCAUCCUCACGUAAAGAGGCCGGGCUGCUUCUGCUCGACUGCGAUGCCUGCAAUGCAUCCUAUGAGGGUGUAUCCCUUCGCACUCUCGACCGUCGCACUCAGGUUUUCUCUAAGGCGGCUUCUCGGUCCGACGAUGCGGCGCACUUGGGCGACAUAAUUGCUGCUAUCCACCAUGCACUCGACCCACGCACGGCAUUCGACUCGUCGCUCAAGACCACGAUCGGUCUCGAAUCGACUCGCUUCUCUUCCUCCUUGUCCAUCAGCGUCAAGUCCAAGCGCGAUGAUGAUGUCGUCGACUGCGGCCUCAAAACCUCGUUCGAUCUCGAUCCGCUUGAUCACGCAUCAUCUGCCAACAUGAUAUCAGCCCAUUUCAUUCGGCCGCUGCUCCAUCUUGCUGAUGUCUUCGCUCGAUGCGCUUCGCAGCAACAACUCGACCGCAUUCACCAACAGCCCGUCUCCGGUUCAAGCCCUGCCGCGUCGAGCGACUCGCUCGAACUCUUGAGACGCUCUGCGCUGGUGAACGCAAAACUUGCUGUUGGGCCACUGCAUCCGCUCUCGCCGCGCAACCAGGAUGGCAACAAAGGCGACAAUGGCACCGAUGGCAACAAUGACAACACCGGCAACGACAUGAUUUCGUCCGUCACAACGAUUGCCGCGCUACGUUCCGCUGCGACCAGUGACCUCGAUGACGACGCUGAUAUGCUCUUCUUUGGUCCGCCGCCCGGUCUAAAGCCUCCUCUGCGACAGUCCCGCACUGCACGCAUAGCAUCGAGUCAAGUGAUGCAGGGCAAAUCGCUGUCAUCGCCGAGCCGCACCUUGAGCGCCGGCUCUGAGGAUGGUGAUCGCACGCUUACAGCACCUCUUGGCUCGGCUGCGGCGGCAUCUACUUGCGCCAAUCCUGCGCACGCUUCUCCCUCCAGUGUUCCUCGAAGGAAUGCAUCCACGCUCAAUACGCAAGAGGGCUCGGACUCGGACCCGGACUCGGACUCGGAUACCAGCGAAGAGGAUAGCUUACCGUUUCUGACAAGCACCCCGUCUAAAGAGGACUCUCGCACCAACCAGACACUUUCCUCGCCGGUGCCCGCAGUAGAGCACAUUCAAACAAGGGCAUCUCGAGCAUCGCACAGGACAGCACCCAAGACUCCCGAGCCGACUCUACCGCCCCCGUCCUUUGUGCCCACGUCGUCGCAGAUAAGCCCCUCCAGCAGCAACGCUGCCCGUGAUGAGCAGAAACGUCGUCGCGAGCACAUUGCCAGCAUCAAACGUGGCAACGCCGAUCCAUCUCUCAGGUCCACUUCGACCAACUCGCCGAACAAGGCAGCCAAACCAGUUGUGUCUACUCGCAAACGUGCUCGCUUCUGA